AAGUCACUAUGGCAACAUCAUCUGACCUUUUCCCCACGGAAGAUCUUCCAUCUACCAUGCUUUCCACUGGACAGACGAUGCUCGUAGAUGGUCGCAGCUUUCGUUUUGAGGACUACACCCAACGAGUGAUCAUCGCCACCGUCACCAGUCUGGUCACCGUUUGCGGUAUCUUCGGCAACUGUUUGACCAUUCUAGCAGUCGUUCUGUCCAGGAAACUCCAGACCAAGACCAACGUGUUUGUGACCAACCUUGCAGUGGCUGACUUGGUGACGUGCCUGAGUGCGCCUUUCACGGUCGUUGCGCUACUCAGUAAAGAUGGCUGGCCGCUGCCCGAGCUCGUUUGCUCCCUGGCGGCCGCCAUUGGGUAUACCUGCCUGUCGUGUAGCACCAUUACGCUGGCCGCUAUCGCCAUUAACCGAUACAUAAUCAUCACUAAGCCCAUGCGGACCUUCCAGGCUGUCUAUACGCCACGCAAGAUAGCUGUGAUGCUGGUUCUGAUAUGGGCGUAUCCUAUCCUCGUCUGUUGUAUUCCCUUGUUUGGCCUUGGCCAGUGGGGCUACUCGGACAAAUACAAGACCUGCACCCAAGACACGACGCACGAAACCUCCGACUACUUCAGUCUCGUGGGGUCAGUGCUGAUCUUUCCAAUUCCCUUGGUGGUUCUAUUCGUCUGUUACUACAAGAUCUACCGGCACGUCACCGGGCACGCCAAGAAAAUGCAGCAGAUGGAGGUGGAGCUGACGACAACGGAGAGCGUGUCUGGCCAAAACGUGGGUGGCAGCACCCACGAGCUUAGGAAGAGGAGCAGCAGUAUGGCCAGCAGCAUCAACCGAAGACAGGUGCAGAUCACCAAGAAUCUCUUCAUGGUGGUGUGUGCCUUCGUGGCCUGCCUGGCACCCUUCGCCAUCGCCCUGGUCAUCCCGCCCAGCGACCCCGUCAUCCCCUGGACGGGGAUGUUCAUCAUCUUCAACAGCAUGGUCAACCCUCUCAUCUACGGGUUCAAGCAUCCCCACUUCAAGGAAGUCUUCCGUCGGAUGCUGCGGUGCCAGUGCCACAUGAUCUCCGAGCCUUCCGGUAUCUUGAGGAAGAUGCGAUCGACAGUGCACUGAAAUGACGUCUUGGAAGGUUCAAGGUUUGGGAUGCACAAUGCAGUGAUGCUGACACUAGUUUAAGACUGCCACACGUGUGCACAUCUCAAAAGGAGAACAGUGAAGGACAAGUACAAAUGUACGUGUACACAAAAAAAUUAACCUACAAUGUAAUACUACCAAACAAUACGAAGCAAAUGACUACAGGAGUGUGUUCAAAACGGAAUCAACACCACUGAACACUAACAAAAUAUAGUUUUCAUAGUUCAUGCAAGUGGAAUAUAAGUUAACCUACAGCUUUAUUAAAUUACCAGAGCGCUGACUUGAUGUACAAAGUGAUGCGU